AUGUGCAUGCCAAACGAUUACCGGGAGUCUGACCGAUAUCCUGGAAAUUGCAUAUUGGACAGACUCUCCAGUCUAUUAUGCUUGAGAAUGCAAAUGCUCUCAGGUUCGAUAUCAUUUACACAUGUUGAGGAUGUGAGCAGGGCUGAGAUAUUUGUUGCUGAGAAUGAAUCCGCUUCUGGACGUUAUAUUUGUUGUGCUAUUAACACUAGUUUGCCUGAGCUUGCAGAGUUCCUUUCAAAGAGAUAUCCACAAUACAAUGUGCCUACUAAUUUCACUGAUGUGUCGAAGAAGGCAAGAUUGAGUCUUUCAUCGACAAAGCUUAUCAGAGAAGGGUUCAAGUUUGAGAAGAAAGAUCUAGGAACAAUUUAUGAAGAUUCCAUUGAAUAUGUGAAGACUGCAGGACUACUACCAAACUAA